AUGGCUCUCCCUCCGCCGCUCCGACUGUACCCGACCGGCCCCGGCCUCGACCGCACCCCGCUCGGCCGCUCCGCCCUCCCGGAGUCCAACUGGACCCGCGCCCCGUGGAACGUCUGGUUCUCCAAGUUCUUGCACGAGUACAAGCUCGCCGUUGUCUACCCGAUCCUCCCCGCCCCGCAGGCCCUCGCUCUCCACGAGCGCACUGCAGUCGACCCCGCCGCCAAGCCCGCGCUGUACGCUGGCGAUUCCAGCUGGCGUAUUCCAAACGAGCCCCUCGUUUACGCUGCCGACGGUACGCCCGUCGAUGACGCCAAGUUUAAGCAGGACAACGUGCGCAAUAUUGUCGAGCACGCCAAGCAGCACGGCGGCGUCGUCAGCUUCACUAUGGUCAACAACGUCUUCUUGGAUACUGCCCGCAGCUGGCUGUGCAACGUCGACGUCGCGGGCUUCAAGCCUCGCGGCUUGCUGUGGGCAGUGACAGAUGAGGAGACCCGUGACGCGAUGACCGCCAUUUCGGACUCGCAUACCGUCUUGCUGGAUGACGUCAAGGGGGGGAAGGAGACGGGGCAUGAGUUUGGGAACCCAGGCUACUGGAAGCUCAUGCUGGAGCGAACUGCCUUGAUUGGCGAAAUAUUACGCAAUGGAGUAGCCGUGUUCGCGUUUGAGACAGACGCCAUUUGGUUGGAGGAUCCCGAGCCAUACAUUCAGGAACUCGUGCGGCAAGAUGCGGAUGUCGUCGGCACGAUCAAUACCAGGAUGGAGGUGUCCGGCAACUUUUUUUACCUCCGCCCGACCCUGGCCACGCGCAGGAUGUGGGACGAGGUCACAAACGGCUUUGAGGCGGCCUUUAGAAAGGAACAUUUUGAGAAGAAGGCAGCGGAUAGCUGGACCUACAUCGAAAAUGACCAGAGCCUUCUCACCAAGCUUGUGUUGCGCAAUGAAACUUGGAGAAGAAGUUAUCCACUCACCUUUCUCACGCUUGACAUGGAGCUGUUUACGGAUGGGAGAUGGUACAAGCCAGAGGAGGGAUUCUACACGACCGACAGAGCGCGAGAACCGGUGGUCAUCAACAACAAUUUUGUGAUUGGAGUGCAAGAGAAAACCAUGAGGGCUAAGAAGUGGGACCAUUGGUUCUGGGACGAGAAGCAAAAGAAAUGCUUGAACUCUGUCGUCGAGAAGGCCGUGCGAAAAUCAAGAAAACCGCCUAGUGGUAAUUUCAUUUUAUGA